CUCACGUAGGCUAUCCACCAUGGAAACAGACAGCACCAAACGCAGCACGAGCAUUGUCAUCACAAGUGGAAGCUAACAGGGUCAAAAUGAAGGUGCCUGUGUUUGAGGAUGUAAAAGAUGAGACCGAAGAGGAAAAAGUGGAGGAGGAAGAAAAGCAGGAGGACAAGGUAUUUCUUAAACCUGUUAUUGAAGACCUAAGCAUGGAACUGGCCAAAAAGUGCACCGAGCUCAUUAGUGACAUCCAUUAUAAAGAAGAGUAUAACAAGUCCAAGGACAAGUGCACCUUUGUGACUGAUACUCCUAUGCUAAACCAUGUAAAAAAUAUUGGUGCUUUUAUUUCUGAGGCAAAAUACAAAGGAACCAUUAAGGCAGAUCUUUCCAACUGUCUGUACAAGCAUAUGCCGGCCACUAUUGACAGCGUGUUUGCAAGAGAAGUAUCCCAGCUUCAGAGUGAGGUUGCCUACAAGCAGAAGCAUGAUGCUGAGAAGGGGGUCUCGGAUUAUGCACACAUGAAGGAACCUCCAGAGGUGAGACAUGCCAUGGAGGUCAACAGACACCAGAGCAAUAUUUCUUAUAGAAAAGAUGUGCAGGACACCCACACGUAUACAGCGGAACUUGAGAGACCGGAUAUCAAGAAGGCUACUCAGAUCUCCAAGAUCAUAAGCAAUGUGGAAUACAAGAAAGGGCAAGGCAUAGUGAAUAAGGAGCCGCCUGUAAUUGGAAGACCAGACUUUGAACACGCAGUGGAAGCCUCUAAGCUUUCUAGUCAGGUUAAAUAUAAAGAGAAAAUUGAUCACGCACUGAGGGAGCAGAGCCAUUGCUACAACCCGCUGGACAGUGCUGCUUUCAGGCAGCAGCAGCUCGCCACUGCCCUGGCAAGUGAAGUGAAGUACAAGAAAGACGUUAAAACUAUGCACGAGCCCGUUUCAGAUCUCCCAAAUUUGUUGUUUUUAGACCAUGCUCUGAAAGCCAGCAAAAUGCUCAGUGGAUGGGAAUAUAAAAAGGAUUUUGAAGAGAACAAAGGGAUGUAUCACUUUGAUGCCGAGGCCACGGAGCACCUGCAUCAUAAGGGCAAUGCCACCCUCCAGAGUCAGGUAAAAUACAGAGAAGAAUAUGAGAAAAAUAAAGGGAAGUCCAUGCUUGAGUUUGUUGAGACACCAUCUUAUCAGGUUUCAAAGGAGGCUCAGAAGAUGCAGAGUGAGAAAGUUUACAAAGAAGAUUUUGAAAAGGAGAUUAAAGGGAGGUCCUCACUGGAUUUAGACAAAACUCCUGCAUUUCUACACGUGAAGUACAUCACCAACCUGAUGAGGGAGAAAGAAUAUAAAAAAGAUUUGGAAAAUGAAAUAAAAGGGAAAGGAAUGGAACUUAGUUCAGAAGUUUUUGAUAUUCAGAGAGCAAAGAGAGCGUCUGAAAUGGUCAGCGAGAAAGAAUACAAGAAGGACCUGGAGUCAGAAAUUAAAGGGAAGGGAAUGCAAAUUGACAGUGAUACCCUUGAAAUACAACGUGCCAAAAAAGCUGCCAAGAUAGCCAGUGAGAAAGACUAUAAAAGAGAUCUGGAGACAGAAAUUAAAGGGAAAGGUAUGCAGGUCACCGCAGACACUCUGGAUGUUCAGAGAGCUAAGAGGGCAUCUGAGAUGGCCAGCCAGAAGCAAUAUAGGAAAGACUUAGAGAAUGAAAUCAAGGGGAAAGGGAUGCAGGUGAAUAUGGACAUCCCAGAUAUGCUUCGAGCCAAGAGGGCGUCUGACAUCUACAGCCAGAAAAAGUAUAAAGACGAAGCUGAAAAAAUGCUUCCCAAGUACUCCACUGUGGUAGACACUCCUGAAAUCCAGAGAAUCAAGACAACGCAACAGAACAUUAGCAAUAUAUCUUACAAGGAAGGAGUAGGAGCUGGUACCGCCCUAAGGAACACUCCAGAGAUUGAGCGGGUGAAGAAAACCCAGCACAAUAUCAGUUCACUCCAGUAUAAAGAUCAAAACUAUAAGGCCACUCCAGUAACCAUGACCCCAGAAAUAGAGAGAGUGAGGAGGAACCAGGAACAGCUGAGUGCGGUCAAAUACAAAGGAGAGCUAAAACAGCCAACUUCCAUUUCGGAUCUUCCAGAGCUGAAGAGAGUGAAAGAAAACCAGAAGAAUAUCAGCAAUGUUUAUUAUAAAGGUCAACUGGGAAGGGCCACGGCUUUAAGCAUAACUCCUGAAAUGGAAAGAGUAAAGAAGAAUCAAGAAAAUAUUAGCUCGGUGAAAUACACGCAGGACCACAGGCAAAUGAAAGGCAGACCAUGUCUGAUCUUAGAUACACCUGCUUUGAGACAUGUUAAAGAAGCACAAAACCAUGCUUCCAUGGUCAAAUAUCAUGAAGAUUUUGAGAAGACAAAGGGGAGAGGCUUCACUCCCAUUGUGGAUGACCCUGUGAUGGAGCGGGCGAGGAAGAACACCCAGGUUGUGAGCGAUGCUGCCUAUAAAGGGGUCCAGCCUCAUGUUGUGGAGAUGGAUCGGAGACCUGGGAUCAUUGUGGACCUCAAAGUAUGGCGCACAGAUCCUGGCUCCAUCUUCGACCUUGACCCCCUGGAGGACAAUAUUCAGUCUAGAAGUCUCCAUAUGCUCUCUGAAAAGGCGAGUCAGUACCGGAGACACCUGUCUCGUUCCCAGUCCAGCAGCACUUUUGGUACAGGUCUGGGAGAUGACAAGUCGGAGAUCUCUGAGCUCUUCCCUAGCUUUUCCUGCUGCAGUGAGGUAACCAGGCCAUCUGACGAAGGAGCACCUGUUCUUCCCGGAGCUUACCAGCAGAGUCACUCCCAAGGCUAUGGGUACAUGCACCAGACCAGCGUGUCAUCCAUGAGGUCCAUGCAGCAUUCACCCAACCUAAGGACCUACCGAGCCAUGUACGACUACAGUGCCCAGGAUGAAGAUGAGGUCUCCUUCCGAGAUGGUGACUACAUUGUCAACGUGCAACCAAUUGAUGAUGGCUGGAUGUAUGGCACUGUGCAGAGAACCGGGAGAACGGGCAUGCUCCCGGCAAAUUAUAUUGAGUUUGUGAAUUAAUUCUUCCUCCUCGCCCUUUGAGCUUUAUUCUGAUGUAUUCUAAACCCAAUCUUUUUAAAAGAUAGAAGAUACUUUUCAGAUAAAUUGGCAAUUAUUUUACAAUAAUGUAUCCUUACUUUGACAAUUAGACAUACAGGUACCAGGAGGAAGGAAUGACUUUUGGGCUGGAAACAGCAGCAUCCGUAGUAAUUCCUGUAAAGGAAACCAUUAGGUCUGGAGACCUGGUGCUGCUAAUUGUGUUUGUGGUUUCAUUUAGUUGGCUAUUCAACCCUUCUGGGAAAUGUAUUUUUGUAGACUUUAAUAGAGAUGUUGAAUGUCCCUUACAUGUAACAAGUGUAUGAAACUUCUUAGCUGUCACCUGGAAUCAUCUGAAGCCAAUUCUCAUAGUCCAGCAACACAGCCAAUAAUUUAAAAAUUGUUCAGCUUUUGAAUCAUUGGGUAAUUUUCAAUUCAAGUGAGAAUUGCCUAAUAUAAUAAAUGGGAGCAGUGGCAGAAUGAGUCUGGUUAAAAUCAUAUUGACCGUAGCCUUUGGGAGCAGGCAGGAAACUUGCCCUUUCCCUAGGCUCCCCAAGAUCUAGUUAUUUCUCAUUGUUUCAGGGUAUAGCCUAUAUUUCUCAGUGUUUCUUGGUAUUUCACAUGCGUUUCACGGCGCAGCCAAUCUCCAUUUACAUUCUGUGGGGCAGAGCACAUGCUUAGGUCCCCAGACCAUCAGGACCGGUAACUUCACAGCUACUCUGCAAAGGGCAAAGUUCAAUGUCAUCUGUAUUAUUUCCCUAGUAGCCUCUAUCCUGUUGCAUGUCUAGUGGGCUUAAGCUUCUGUAACAGGGCAGCUGCUUGCCCAUCCUUGUUAUAAAAGUCAGCAGUGUGGCUGAUCUUGCCCUGCCCUUUCUUAUAGUUGCCAGCUCAUAUGAAAACAUUUUGAAAAGUUGCAUGAGACUUUCUUGCUGUAUUACACUCUAGCUUUGAAAGACUCAUGCCUGAGGAAAUACACAUAUAUUCUAGUAAAUAGAAGACUUAUGUAUUUACUGGAUAGCUUUCGCUCACUUAAUGCUACUACCAUCGAUUUAAAAGCGCAAUGAAUUGGACAGCAUUCUGCGUAAGGGGAAAUGGACUAUACAGUAUAGCGGAGGGAAAACGAAAUACAAAACAGUAAGUAGAAGUUUGCGCCACAAUUCAACGAUUUGGUCUUAUAUUUUGACAAUUGGUCUUCAUACUCUGGGAUGGAAAUAUAGCCACUAAGUAUGUCUAUAAAAAGGAUUCUUUUCCCAACCUUGGUUCUCAUUUUCUAAAUCACAUUCAGGAUUAGAUAAGAAAAUCAUCGGAGAUUUUUUUUUUUUUUUUUUUGGUGCAACCAACAGAUGAUU